AUGGUUGAGCACGAGUCGAUGACGAAUAUGAUAUUUUUACAACGACCCGCCAGCCAAGACUCAAAUAUGAGCAAAACCAGUCCUCCGCCGCCCUACUCUGCUGUAGAGAAUAUGGGCGCAGUUAAACGACCGGAAGGCGCGGGCAUGACCCCACAUGAAGAUGCCGUAGAAUUCAAACGGCAUCAGGAAAAAAUGGAUCAGUUGUGUGCCGAGGCGGGUGAGUGGAGAAGAGCGAAGCGGAGGAUGAGGGAGAGAGAGAAGGAGAGACGCAGGGAGAGGGAGGCGGAAAUGAAGAGGGAGAAAGAGAGGGAGAAAGAGAGGAGAAAGGAGUGGAAGAGGGGACGGGAGAGGGAGAUAAAAAUGGAGUGGAGCAGAGCGAAAGAAACGUAG